CGGAGGCCCUCACUUUGUGUCAUGGCCAGUGAUUUGCAAUUCUUCGAAACAGCUUAUGCAGCUGCUAUCAUAUCGCAACCUUAUCUGAUAUAUCUUAACUCAUAUCAUUGCUUUCAUGCCCAUCAUGGCGGCGAACAAGAAGGAUGCCGCCGACCUCUUCCGCCAAAUCCAAACAGAUCCCCGUGGUCAGGCCGAAACUCGCGCGGAUGCGGAUCGGCGAGACCCGCCUGAACCGCAAUGGAGCCAUACCCCAGAUGAUCGGCUUGAUGACCAGCUGUGGAACACCCGAUUUGGCUCGCUGUUAAGCUGGGACAAAGUCGAGUCCUUGAUCCAGAGGAGAGGCGCCACACGUGCUCAGUACCAUAGCCACAUCUCGGCCGGCACGGGCCAAUGGGUACUUCCCGAGCCCCGAAAACGCAAGAUCGCCGGACAAGUAGACCACUACGAGUAUGUUCCCGCGUGGAGCGACCCCGACUACGAGUCCGAGGAGCGCAAAGCCGCGCGGACCACGGCCAGCUUCAUUGGCAGACAGGUUCCAGGCAAGGGUGACAGGCCUCAAUCGGUCGAGCCGACGCAGUUUGCCAAAAAGUAUGGAGUCUAUCCUGGGCGUGACGACGGCCGGUCUUUGCUGUCGCCCAAAAAUGCGACAGUCAAACUCGACAACAACAAGGCCUUUUGGUUCAAGAAGAAAUGGCAACGAGAGGUCAACAAAGAAGCUCUUGCCCAUGUCAGGCGGGCUAUCUUUGAGCCACAAAGGGACCCAUCGAGCCGGCAUCUCGGCGACAACAGAGAGUUUCGCAGUUUUCUUGAAGCCAACAGCCAGACUGUUGCUCGCGGCAUUAGACACACUAAACAACCUGGGGCCUACCCGCCGGAACUGUUCAAGGCUUGUCUCGAAUACCAUACCAACUUGAAAGACAACAAUAUCCCCAGGGACUAUCAGCGCUAUAUGUUUAGCGGUUUCGAUGUCGAUGAGCUCAUUGAUCAUGGUCUGUUCGAUUUCAACAACGACGUCAGCUCGGAGUUGAAUGUCUUGGAGCUCCACGGCCUACUCCUGCGCGAAAAGUGGAAAACACUUCAUCCAAUCGCUGCCCCUCGAGAUCAACCUCGUCAAUACUGGAGAUUUCUCGACAAGAAUGGGAAUGUCAAUGAGGGAGAAUGGACAGCCUCCGACGACCGCGUUUGGACUGCUCUGAAGCCCGCCCUUCAAGUGGUCUCCUAUAUAUUCGAGAUUGACCCUCCAGCCUGGAAAGGGUUACGGAACUUGUACACCAGGUUUCAAAUCGAUCCACGUCGUGACCCUUGGAAUUCGGUCUUGAGCACACAGAUACCACCGCCCGCUUUCCAGGGUCGGGUGGGCUGGGAAGCGUUCCCCAAUGAUGACCGGUCCAGAUUUCCGGGUCUGGCGGCCUUGCACGCGGCGGGUAUCAAUCUCACUAAAGGUGUCGAGGAGAUAUUCAAAUUUUGCCUCAGGCUCAGUAUCGGGUCAUGCCACCGCGGGAAGAAUUUGCCUCCCCAUCUGCGAGAGCCUGCGCAUGGUAUGAGCUACAUCCACGAGAACGGACCAGCCCUCAAGGACACCGAAAUUCGAAUCGUCAUUGGAGCAGAGCUUUUGUGGCCGCUACUUUCUCCAGAUACUACCGAGUCGGAGAAACUCAGUUGCUCGUUUGCCGUGGCAUGCACUCUCCUUCACGAAUUUGCGCAUGGUGUUGAGUUGGCAUGCUCUUUGCUUCCCAAGCAUACAGGCGCCAUCCCGGGCCUAUUCCCAGCAGAAACUGCUCAUUUGGCAGCACUAGGCGACACUCUAUUCGGCCAAAAUAUGGAGCCCAUAGCUGGCUGGACCAAGGAUGACUUUUACCAGCCUUUCUUUGAGGACGAGCCCGUUGCAGAACCUGGGCACGCUCUUGUCAAUGAUAUCUUUGGAGGCAUUGUCAACAAACUGCAGCCGUACUUGAGCGCGCCAAUGCCCGAGUCCUUGAACCUGGCGAUGACAGACCUGGUCAGCGAGCAAUGGCCACCUACACUAACUCGCCCUUGGUUGAGAAGCACAGAGUUCAACCCGAUUCUGCUCUCAAACCCUCAGCUAUCCUUUGCUGAUAUGCACACGGCUCUGCCAUUCAAAUCCUACCUGAAGUAUUUCCAAAGGUCCUUCUGGGAGCAUGAAUGGCCAACCUGGGGAUACGAAGCAUUGAAAGUCUACAGCGAGGGAGACCUGCAUACAAGGGCCACGGGGGCCCCAAAAGCCACGGUGGAGCCUGUGUCCGUGCCAGAGGAUUUGCUCAAAAGCACUUUCGGCGUGCAUAGAGGAACUUUCAUCAGCCAUGCCUUGGACAUCCUGGACAAGUUCGGAUACCGCGAUAUGACCCAGCAUCUCAAGUUCUUGUUGAGGGUUCGACUCUGCCAAGAGUACACCAAACGUCGCUGGCACGUCGAGCGCAGAACGUGGCCCCAGAUGCGCAACGAGAUGGACGACUUGGCAAAGGAGCUCCAAAAAGCAGGUGCCGAUUUUCUCACCCCCUUUGAGGCAGCUCGGGGCAGCGAAGAAGACCUAGAAAAGUGGUACCAGGGCAAGGUGGACGCGGGCGAAAUAAACCCUCAGGACGAUAUUGAUCACAAGACAAAGGCCGAAAUGUGUUGCGAAAAACAAUACAAGGCUCUGCUUGCGAAGCUGCGAAAAUUCGAGCGGCUCUGCACCACUCGUCUAUGCUAUUUCCAGUACUUGGCCCGCGAGUAUAUCACGCUAACAGAGGACCAGCGGGAGGUGCUGGACCAGAGGCAUGGCGUCCAGAUCCACAAAGAGAUUAAUUGCGGCGUCACAUACAUAUGCAAGGGGGCGAAACUCGCCGUGGACGCCUUGGUCGAACAGAUGAGGUCCCAUGAUCCCAUAGGCGAUGUUCCUGUGGGCGAUCUCGAGGCCCGGUCGAGGCGGCUCGAGACCAUGAUGCAACUCCUCAUAAAGACCAAACAUGUCUUCAUGGCCAAGCGGAACCCGCAACAAGUAGCAAGUCAGUGGCCCGUUUUUACCACGAUCAACAUAUGGCCGAACACGCCCAUCGACUGGAGGCGUCUGGCGGCUGUCCAGGAUUGCGAACGGCUUGCGGACCCUUAUCUCAUCCUCAUCGCCCAAGAGCUCCGCAACCUGAUUGGCAGCCAGGCCGGGCUCGGCUUGACCGCUUUGCGCCCGGCCGAGUUGAGGGUGGCUCAGAGAGCAAUGCAGGAGGGGAAGCUGCUCUCCGAAGAUACCGGUGACGACGCUGAAACGCCUAGCCCGACUUACUCAGACACCGAAGAUCAGUCGGCCGUCAACGCCGAUGAGACCCAAGGCCCAGACCCUGCAAACACGGCUGGCCAGGGGUCCAGUUCAGCCACAAGCACUCCCGACGCGGCUGCCACUACUACCAACCCCACUUCGACCAGCGCGCUCAACCCUGCAGCACCAGUCUUCACUUCAUUUGCGGCGACUUUCAAUCCCAUUUUGCAGGCCGUCGACCCCUAUAUGCAGGCUUUCAACCCCUUUGCGAAUUACUUCGGCCCCGGAGGCUACCCUGCACCUGAUGCGCCUCCUGCAGCACGCAAUGAUCCUAUGGACUUGGAUGAUGAGUGGCUCAAUCCUGACUUCCUUCCUGACGAAUAACCUUCUCCAGAACCGAAACCUCUGGAUCUUGAUAAUCGAAAUCCUCGCAACAGGGGUUAACAAGCAACCCCCACUUUGUGGCAACAUCCAGCCCUAUUUUCAGUCUUUGCGUGUAUCACUGUAUUUUAUUUUUCAUUUGUUGUUUUAUUUUUUUCUUUUCUUUUCGUCCGUUUGCUGUUUUCAAGGAGUAUGGGUUAUCUUGUGUAUGCCAGGAAUUUGUGGCAGGUGUAGGCCAAGUGGCUCGAGUUUGUCUGUCAGAGUGUGCUUUAUCAAAUAACAAGUUCGAAAAUCGCACUGACAGAAUGGGUUACAGAGUGUGGGUAUCUGACUUAAUAUUCUUUUUUGUUUACAACUUUUUUUUUCCAGAUCAAAGCAGCCCAUAUUCGAAGAUGAUGUGACCUUGUGUGAAUCGUCCAACCUCAAACGCCGCGCCAAAGACAAACCCAAAAACAAACAAAAUGAUCG